AUGAGGUUCGCAAGUCUGCUUGCCGGCGCUCUGGCGUCCGGAAACCUUUGGGCCUCCGUCGUGGCCCAACCCCCAACCGCCUCUCACGCUGAGGUACAGCUCGUUGAGCUGCUCGAAAAACAUGGCUUGGCGCUAGUUCCACGGUCUGAAUUGACCGAUGUAAUGAAGGAACUUACACAACUGCUCAAGGAGACGAGGUUAGAGCGUCAGCAAACUGCAGCUCUGUUCAGGAGGCAAAACGGCACAGACACUAUCUCGACACCCGCCGUAAGCAUUACUGAUCUUGGCGACAUCCUUGCGGAACUCAAAGAAUUCAUCAAAGCCCUUGGCAGCUUGUUAACUGCUGACUUCUUGAACGACACUCACGACACAAUCACGUAUUUGAGCGAGACUCUUCAGCCACCAACCGCAUCUCAGGUCAGAAAUAUUCUUACCAAAGGGGGGCCUCUAAUUGAUACACUCGGCGAGCUCGAUCUUGCGGGAUUGAUCGAUAUAAUUAAGGAUGUUGAUCUUCCCACUUUGGUCAAAUCGAUACUUCCGCUCCUGAGCCAGGACAACAUCAACAAGAUUCAGAAUCUGCUCAACAUCGCUGAUGAAGACACGAUUAAUAGCCUCAAAGAGCUGCUCAAGAGUGCCAAGCCACUGCUUGAUAGGCUUACGAACAUUGAUCUGGAAGGUAUUAUCACCGCUCUAGAGCCGCUUCUCACAAAGGAGUCAGUGGAGGGAAUUGUCAACUUGGUCAAGAACGCCGGGGUACUUCUUGACGAGGACACCGUCAAGAGUCUGAAGGAGUUGCUCACAAGUGCCAAGCCAUUGAUUGACAAGUUGGUCGAUCUUGAUCUUGAGGGAAUUAUCAAUGCUUUGGAGCCGCUCUUAAGCAAGGAGUCAAUUGAGGGGAUAGUGGCAUUAGUCAAGAAUGCCGGAACGCUGCUUGACGAAGAAACCGUGAAGAGCCUGAAGGAGUUAUUCACGAGCGCUAAACCUCUCCUUGAUAAGCUCAUCGAUCUUGAUCUCGAGGGUAUCAUUAAUGCUUUGGAACCACUCCUCACUAAGGAGUCAAUUGAGGGCAUCGUAGCACUAGUCAAGAAUGCCGGAACACUGCUCGAUGAAGAAACUGUCAAGAGCUUAAAGGAAUUAUUCACGAGUGCCAAGCCUCUCCUCGAUAAGCUGAUUGACCUGGACCUUGAGGGCAUCAUCAACGCACUCGAGCCCCUUUUAACUAAGGAGUCUGUGGAAGGCAUCGUCGCACUAGUCAAGAAUGCCGGAACGCUUCUCGACGAGGAGACAGUCAAGAGCCUAAAGGAGUUAUUCACGAGCGCUAAACCCCUCCUCGACAAGCUGACUGACCUUGAUCUUGAGGGUAUCAUUAACGCGCUCGAGCCACUUCUGACCAAGGAGUCGAUUGAGGGAAUUGUGUCCCUGGUGAAGUACGCCGGUCUACUUUUGGAUGAAACCACAGUUCAGAGCCUAAAGGAUCUUCUUACGGUAGCCAAGCCUCUCAUCGAUAAGAUCAUGGAAAUUGAUAUUGGAGGAAUAAUUGACGCGCUGAGUCCCCUGCUCACAAAAGAAUCAAUCAACGGCCUCGUUGGUCUGCUAUCCAAUGCGCAGAAGCUGCUUACCAGUGAAUCUGUAGACCAGCUUUUGUCAAUUCUGAACGGCGCAGGCCCAUUGCUGGAUUCACUGAGCAAGAUCGACCUUCCAAAGCUACUCGACCAACUCGAGCCACUACUUAAUUCACUGAGCAAUAUCGAUCUCUCAAAGUUGGUGAACCUGAUUACUCCACUUUUAGAGUCGCUCAGUAAACUCGAUAUCGAGGGAAUUCUUGCUGCUGUGGCCCCUCUGCUCACCCCCGACAGCGUGAAGGGUCUUGUUGGGUUGUUACAAAAUGCAGAGGCCUUGCUUACAAGCGAGUCUGUGGACCAGCUCAAAUCGCUUCUCAGCGGUGCUGGGCCAUUGUUGGAGUCAUUAAGUAAGAUAGACCUACCCAAGCUUGUCGAUCAACUUAAGCCUCUGCUCGACGAGUUGGCGACAAUUGAUAUUGGCAAGCUUAUUGGCCAAUUGUCACCUCUGCUUGAUUUGCUUGGAGAACUUGAUCUCAAAGGCAUACUCGACGCCGUCAAGCCUCUCCUUACACCCGAGAGUGUCAACGGACUCAUUGGAUUGGUAGCUAAUGUUGAGGGUUUGUUGACGGCUGAGUUUGUCGACCAGGCGAAGAGCUUGAUUGGUGGAGCAUUACCAUUAAUUGAAGCCCUUACUCAAAUCGACCUAAAAAAGAUUAUCGGGCAGCUGACACCACUCUUGGAUAUUCUCGGAGAGAUCGAUGUCAAGGAUCUUGUUGAGAAGCUGAAACCCGUCCUUGAUGCCGUUGCCCAGAUCGAUGUCAAGAAUGUCGUUGAGAAGCUCAUGCCUCUGAUUGACACCUUGACACAGAUCGACCUUUCUACGCUUGUUCAGAAGAUCAUCCCGGUCAUCAAUGCUCUUAUAGAGAUUGAUAUUACCCAAUUAGCCAAGAAGCUUGUUCCUAUCAUCAAUGCCCUUGGCGAUAUUGAUAUACAAGGGUUGUUUGAUGCUCUGAAACCCUAUUUGACACCAGAGACCCUGAAGAGCGUUUUUGGUCUCAUUGAUGUCUUGACGAAGGUUGAUAUUGUCGGUCUUUUCAAUACUGCUAAGCCUCUACUUGAUGAUUUGGCAGGUGUUGACUUGACUGGCAUUGUCGAUGCUCUAAAGCCAGUCUUGGACGCUCUGAAGAAAAUUGACAUCCAGGGUAUUGUCGAUAAAUUACUGCCAUUGAUUACGCCGGAGAACAUUGAAAGUCUUCUAAAGGUAGUUGAUAAUGUACAGACGCUUGUGACCGGAGAAUUUGUUUCUAAUGCAUCCGAGCUACUUGGUGACGCUACCCCUCUCGUCGCGACUGUUUCUGACAUUGUUCGUGCAUUGUUGAAAGAGUUGUUAGGGAAAGAAUAA